UUAAUGGCAGAGGCAAAAACUUCAGUCACUGAUAUAAACGUAUCUUUCAAAUCGUCGGAAGUAACGGAAAAAUCGCAUCCUUCCUCCAUACGUCUACACCAAGUCCAUCUUCAGUCCGCACAAACUACAGUGUUUAGAGAGAGAGAGGAGAGAGAGAGAGAGAGAGAACUGACAGCAAUGGCGGAAGAAACACUGGCUUCUCUAAGGUCUCUAAUGGCGUCUCACUGCCCUCCACUGGACGCUUUGGUCGUUCCUUCCGAAGAUUAUCACCAGAGCGAGUACGUAUCCGCGAGGGACAAGCGUCGCGAAUUCGUAUCUGGCUUUAAUGGAAGCGCUGGUUUGGCACUUAUAACAGCAAAUGAGGCACUGCUUUGGACAGAUGGACGGUAUUUUUUGCAGGCAGAAAAACAGCUUAGCAACGAAUGGAAGCUCAUGCGUGUAGGAGAAGACCCUACAGUUGAUAUCUGGAUGGCUGAUAAUCUAGCAAGUAAUGCAGCAAUUGGUGUUGAUCCUUGGUGCAUAUCAGUUGAUACUGCACAGAAAUGGGAGCGUGCUUUUGCUAAGAAACAGCAAAAGUUGAUUCAAACUGCGACUAACCUGGUAGAUGAAGUUUGGACAAGUAGACCACCACCUGAAACAAAUCCUGUUGUUGUGCAACCACUGGAAUUUGCUGGUCGUUCUGUUGAAGAUAAACUAAAGGAUUUGAGGGAAGAACUUAUGCAGGAAAAAGCCCGUGCUAUUGUGCUUACUGCAUUAGAUGAGGUCGCAUGGCUGUAUAAUGUCCGUGGCUCUGAUGUUGACUACAGCCCCGUUGUACAUGCAUAUGCUAUAGUAACGUCGGCUGCAGCUUUCUUUUAUGUCGACAAGAGAAAGGUGUCUUCUGAGGUAAGCUCUUACAUGGAGAAAAAUGGUAUUGAAGUGCGGGAUUAUGGUGAAGUUAGCUCAGAUGCAGCUUUACUUGCAUCCAACAAGCUUUCUUAUUCCAAUGCCGCCAAAGAAAAUGCACAUGAUAUUUCGCAAAACCCGAACGAUCUCAUAUGGGUUGAUCCUGGUUCAUGCUUUGCUUUGUAUUCAAAACUGAAUCUUGAUAAAGUUUUCCUGCAUUCAUCACCUUUGGCCCUUGCCAAAGCCCUAAAGAAUCCUGUUGAGAUUGAAGGACUGAAGAAUGCACACAUUCGAGAUGGGGCAGCUGUUGUGCAGUAUCUUGUUUGGCUGGACAAACAGAUGCAGGAAAUCUAUGGGGCUUCUGGUUACUUUGUUGACAGUGAGGUCAACAAGAAUGACAAAUUGAGAACAGGAAAACUUACUGAAGUUUCGGUGAGUGAUAAGCUAGAAGAGUUCCGUGCAUCCAAAGAGCAUUUUAGGGGGUUGAGUUUCCCUACGAUCUCUUCAGUUGGUCCAAAUGGUGCGGUUAUACAUUAUUCUCCGGAGCCGGAAACAUGCGCUGAACUUGAUCCGAAUAGCAUGUACCUGUUUGAUUCGGGAGCGCAGUAUGUAGAUGGAACAACCGACAUUACUCGGACAGUGCAUUUCGGAAAACCAACAUCACAUGAGAAAGCAUGUUAUACUGCGGUUCUCAAGGGCCACAUUGGCUUGGGUAAUGCUCGAUUUCCCAAUGGAACCACCGGUCAUGUUCUUGAUGUUCUUGCCCGCAUUCCAUUGUGGAAGGAUGGUCUUGACUACAGGCAUGGAACUGGCCACGGGAUAGGUUCUUACCUGAAUGUUCAUGAAGGGCCUCAUCAAAUCAGUUUCAGACCAGCUGCUCGAAAUGUGCCAUUACAACCUUCAAUGACUGUGACAGAUGAGCCUGGUUAUUACGAGGAUGGGAACUUCGGCAUAAGAUUGGAGAACGUGCUUGUUGUAAAAGAAGCCGAAACAAAGUUCAAUUUUGGCAACAAGGGUUACUUGUCGUUCGAGCAUAUAACAUGGGCACCGUAUCAGACGAAACUGAUGGAUUUGAGCCUCCUUGUGCCUGAAGAAGUGGAAUGGCUGAACAAGUACCAUUACAGAUGCAGAGAAAUUCUGGCUCCGUUUCUCGAUAAUUCUGAGAUGGAAUGGCUCAAGAAAGCUACUGAACCUGUUCUUGCUUGAGUACAUCUUUUCCUUACUUUACGACACUCUCUAUUCCUAGGACCGUUACUUCCCCAUAUUUGUUUCAACCCCUAAAGAAUUUUAGAUCCUUAAACUUCUGUCAAAAUCUUACAGUUCUCUCUCUCCUGGUCAAGUGAAAUAAUGAUAUAUGUCAAGAUCUUUUAGGCAUGGUGCUUCUUAUUUAUAUAGAGAAAAGCACGAUCAUUCAUACAAGUCCACUUAAAUCGUGACGUGAUAAAUGUCAUUUAAGUUUUAAUAAUAUUGUUUCGA